CUUUUCGAGUGAGUACACGAGGUGCCUCAUUCUCGUUCAAUCACGAAGCGUUGCUUGCAGCCCUGGCCGCAAUACAUGUCCAGAAGUUGAUCCGUGGUCAUUCUAUUACUCCUGAAGGUGUUACUGAUUGUUUCGGCGAUGGAUCCUGCAUCACUGUUCACACAGCUAUUCGUGAGCAAGAAGGCUGUGUCGCAUGUAUUUCAUCAAAACAAUUCCAGGUAGAAAGAAUAUCGACAGCUGAAGUUUGCAAGACUGUUGAGCAGUUGCUAAUGAAUAGCUUUGAAACAGCGCCAGUUCGCGUGGCGCCAAAAUGCGUGUGGUGUCGAAAAGCGUUACCGCUUUGGAUCGAAAAACGUGUCCGUUACGCAACCCGUCGUGAAGUACUCUUGUGGCUUGCACAGUAUGCGCAACACUAUUUGCACCAAGAUGAAAAAUUCGAGGAAGCUUGGGAAGGAGAGGCGGAACCUCCUGUAAUCGAUGCAAGAGCUUACGAACUUUUUCCAGUAAUUUACGACCUGUAUGGCUUAAGCUGUGGUGCCAAAAAUGGUUCAUACACAUACCGUUUAUUUGUGAUGGAGCCGGAAAAACAGUUCAUGCUCAAGAUCUGUCCGGGAGCUCGUGGUUUCAAUCAGAGAGAAUCGCUGGACGAAGACGAGGAUCCGAGAUUGUUUGACAUUCAACAGCAAAGACGAAGACAUGGAAAAUUCAAGCGUGGCCUUCGUGAACUACCUCCAUGGUCGGAUGAAGAUGAAACUGAUCCGUCAUCAACGAGACAAUCAUAUGGUACUUAA